UAUUAGGCUGAAGACACUUUAAAAAUAAACAUAAGUGCUUAACAUAAUUAGUGUACAUACAAUUGUGUUCAAUUAUGAUUUAAUAUAUAUUACAAUUAAAAUCAGUACUUGUGUGAUGAAUGUGAUCAAGUUUGUUAUAGAGGUGAUUGAAAAAAUUCGAUCCAUCUAGAAUCUAAGACAAUGUCUGCUGAAGAAACUUUCGAACAGUUUGAAGAUGAAGAGACAGAGAUUCCUAUCGGCGGGACUUUACCUGGGGGAAGAAAACGUCUCUUUUCCAAGGAAUUGCGCUGCAUGAUGUAUGGCUUUGGCGAUGAUCAAAAUCCUUAUACUGAGAGUGUGGAUUUGUUGGAGGAUUUAGUUAUUGAAUUUAUAACCGAGAUGACACAUCGGGCCAUGGAAAUAGGACGUACUGGACGAGUUCAAGUGGAAGAUAUUGUGUUUUUAGUGAGAAAAGAUCCUAGAAAAUAUGCCAGAGUAAAAGAUCUUCUAACAAUGAACGAAGAACUUAAGAAAGCAAGAAAAGCUUUUGACGAGGUUAAAUAUGCAGGUACUGUCAAAGACUAG